AGGACCCAAGGGGCCCAUCAAUUAGCCAGGCGAGGCGUUGGGCAACCUCAGAGGAACAGGGCACAUUCCGCGCGAGCUUCCCGAUUCAUCCAACUCUAGAAGGCGCAUCAGGAGACGUAUUAGGAGGCGUUUGAGGAGGCAUAUUAGGAGUCUGAAUCAACUUGUCAACACGUCACCAUCCCGCGGGUCCCGCGACUGAUGCGCCCAUGACGUCGUCCGCCGCGCCCCGCCCGGGAGUGGGCGCGCGGGCGCUGUCGGGGAGCGCCAAUGUGGCGCUAGCUCUCACCGCAGCAGGCGCCACAAUCAACGGCGGAAUCUCCGCGGUGGUUGGCGCUGGCGGGCGCGGGGGUGGACCCGCGGGGUCGGGAGCAUCUGGGGGGGCGGGAGGGCAGGCGCCAAGUCCGAAGGGGACCUCCCGCGGUGCCUCCAGUCCGCGCGCGCCUGGCGGAAUCUUCCCCCGACAUGCGGCAGUCAACUACCUGUGCCUCAUGCUGCCCUUCCUCGCGCUUUCCACUCUGCAGCUGUACCUGAUGUGGUUACCGGAGCUGGGUCCCAUGCGGUUACCAGAGGAUGACUUUGUGGGCAGCAAAGGGAAGAAGAGCAGCAGGGAGCAUCGGUUCAACUACCGCACACUGCUCGCACACACUGCCAGCGAUGUGCUCUCGCUCCACAAACUUCUUGAGAGGAACCGUCAUGAGUUGAAGGGCGAGGUGGCGGACGGCAUGGAGCGGAUGGGCCUGGAGAUGCUGCAGACGAAGCAGGACAGCGCGCGGGCGGCUGCUGACGUGGCGGACUGGUGGCGGCACGAGCAGGGCAGGCUGAAGGCCAUGAGCGAGGACAUCGGGCAGCUGAAAAAAAUCGUCGGGCAGCAUGCAAGGAGCUUGGAGGCGCAAGUUCAAGCCGCGCAGGGGGGAGCAUCAAGCAGUGGUGAGGAGCACCCUAGGGAGGAGCGGCCGACGGAGGGGGAGGACAAUGAGGAGUUGGAGGAAUCGGGGUUGGCACGGCCGGAGCAGUGGCACCCGUCCCACCAGGCCUUCCAGCUCUUUUGGAUCACAGACGACCGCCCCACCUACUGGCAGCAGCGCACAUUCCAGCGCUAUGGAUCAUACGGAUUCAUCAAGUUCAGCGCCUACCGCGUGAAUGCCUCGACUAUCGCGGUGCUGGGGCUGGCGUCCCUUCCCAUGCACCAGGGCAGACGCUUCACCUCCUGCCGCUGGCACGCCAAACCCAAUGCUGGGGGUGACAAUGGCGGGAGUGACAACGGUGGGGUUGACAAUGGCGGGGGUGACAAUGGGAGUGGCAAUGGUGGUGGGGACAGUAGUGGCGGAGUGACUGAGGGCAGGCUCGUCCCGCUCUAUGUGGAGGAGCAUCAUGAGUACCUGUACGAGGCGGUGGUGCUGCUGUGUGUGCUGGAUGCCCCUUCGCCCCAAUCCGGUGGAUUCCUACAAGCGGAGGUGGAUGGAGAGGUCUUCUACCCCUUCGUGGAGCCGCCAGGCCAGCCCCUAGACGAGCCCUCGAACUUCCCCACCAACCUAGUCUUAUGCGGCCCGCCCAUGUUCGGAGCCAUCAACCCGCGCGCCCUCACCGAGUGGCUGCACUUCCACCGCGUGCUGCUGCCGGUGGACCAUUUUGUCCUGUACGACGCGGGCGGCGUGGCGAACCACGCUGACGUCAGCAGCGCACUGCAGCCGUGGGUGCAGGCGCGGGUGGUGGAGGUGACUGGGUUUCAGGAGGCGAAGCAGUACGACGUGUGGUCGUAUGCUCAGGCGCUAUCCUCCCACGACUGCAUGUACCGCCACCGCCACGAGGCCCGGUGGCUGCUCUUUGCUGACCUGGACGAGUUCGUUGAGGUGCUGCCGCCCAACACGCUGCAGCAGCUGCUACAGGACAACGCCGGCCGCCCCUGGAUCACGUUCGGGUGCACGGUGUUCAAUAGCUCGUUCUGCCGCCCGCAGGAGCAGUGGAACGGGGGUACAACCAGAAGGAGGAGGUUGUUACUGGGGGAGGGGGGACUGAGAGAGGAAUAUCCAGAGCAGUGGAAUGGGGGGACGGCCAGGAGGAGGAGGAGGUUGUUGCUGGGGAAGGGGGAGCUGAGAGAAACAGAAAAGCAACCGCACGAACGAUGGAACGUGGGGGCGGCGAGGAGGAGGUUGUUGCUGGGGGAGGAGGAAAGGGACGAAGGGAGAGCUUCUCAGCCGUUCAUCAUCGAGGGAGUGAAGUACCAGUGGCCGCACCCCUACUGCAUGAACGCCUCGCUUUUCCCCGACCACCUCUGCCUGGACCAGUUCGGGCACCGCAAGUACAUCCUCAAUCCCAGGCGGGUCUCCCUCGCACAGAUCCACGUGAUCAUCGGGGGAGAUUUGGACGGCCUGGAUCUGCCGACGGACGUUGCGAGAUUUGCGCAUUACCGGGGGCUGACGACAAGGGCGUACCCCAUGUGCGACCUGGGGCGCCCGAGCAAGUGGUGGCAGUACCAUGAUGGGUUGGCCAAGAUGGCACAGGCUGCUCGGUCGUGCCCUGCUCUGGAGACGCUGCUUUCCAACACGGAGCGAGAGCGCUGCACACCGCAGGCACUCGCCCGAAGCAUUACGUCGUCGUAGCGCCGCGCCAGUGGUCCUGGCGUAUUGGAAGGCGAUGAAAUGCAGAGGAAUUUGAUGCUUGGAGAGUGGCAGUCCUACAGUGCUUAGGAACAGACCACCCCCCCCCCCCCCCAAUACAACCAGCCUGCUGUGGCAAUACCUUGCUCCACUCCGUUCAAUUCAUCAUGCUUACUCAUCAUCCAAUACUCGUCAUGCAAUACUCGUCAUGCAAUACUCGUCAUGCAAUACUCGUCAUGCAAUAAUCGUCAUGCAAUACUCGUCAUGCAAUACUUGUCAUGCAAUACUCGUCAUCCAAUACUCGUCAUGAGUUCAUUUAUUUGGCUCCAUUCCUCCUCGUGUCAUCAUGAGUUCAUUUAUUCGCCUCCAUUCCACCUCGUGUCUCCCAUCCCAUGAGCGCUUCAGCGAGGGACGGACUACUUGCACCGCCUUGCCUCGUACCAUUCUAAACAGCUGUGGUAGCCAGGUCCAGAAAUCCUGAAUCAUACUUUCAUUUCAGGCUUGUGUGCAUCAGGGAUUUCAAUCCGGGUUCACUUUUGAGCCAACUCAGAAGUCAAGUCGACUAAAAAGUCACAUUUUCA